GGCGCUAAACGCAUUACAACUGGCAGCCAUUAUUACGUACAAUAUCAAUGACAAUCUUUAAUCUCAAACAAGACGACCCAGAUGAAAGAACAACUUUCACCAUGUCUGGACAAUUUGGUAUGACCCAAGAGAUUAGGAAACCCGGUGCAACAGACCUGACUUCACAAGUGGAAUUUUCAUUAUUAGGGAGUAGAACGAAAGAGAAGACGAGUAAGAUGGGUCCGUACAAGGAGGGAGGUGACAAUGAUUUUGGUGACGCCAUGUUCUUUAAUCCAGCAUCUAUGUUUCCCCCUCACAGACCAGGAAAAGACCAGGAUUUAAUGACAUCGCAAUCUCAGUCCCUUUCCCAGUUCUCAGGAAGUUUUUACGGUGGACAGCAAGGAUUAGGCAUCCAGAAUGCGUUACCGAGAGGGAUGUCGAGUCAGCAGCAAGCGUUUCCUCCCCGGAGUUCGGGCAUGUCGAGUCAUUCGAGUUUAGGUCUACCUACGUCAUCGGGCAUGCCGUUGCCUUCUAUGCCUCCUCCCCCCAACCCUGCAUCACCGAACAGGGGGAUGCUCAACAUGAGUCAUAACAGGACCUCACCCAGUAUUCUAGCUAUGCAGCAGAAGCAUUCAACAGCGCAACAGCAACAACAACAGCAGCAACAACAGCAACAACAACAGCAGCAGCAACAACAGUCGAGGAUAAUCGGGAGUGGAGUGACGCCCACCAACUCAAGCGGCAUCGGUGCAUUCAAUCGACCCCCAAGCUUCGGCGGCGGACAGAGCGCGUUACUCGGCAACUUUGGUGGUUACGGGAAUGCAAAUGACACCUCAAUCCUUGACAGCUCCGACUUUCCAGUCCUGGCGGGCACGAGAGGGCGACAAACGGGAGAAUCAUCGUCGGGGAAUGUUAGCUUGUUCCAGCCAAAUCCCAUGGCAGGCAGGCCUGCUUAUGGCAUGGUAAGCAAACAAGCGGAACCGACUCCGGAGUUCCAGAUGCAGAGUGAAGACUUCCCCGCCCUUCCCGGAGCAAACAUCAAGAAUGAACAAAAAGAAAAUGCAAGAUUCCCUGGGGACAAGGCGAAUAACAACAGUUCAGAAGAAAACGGCAAUGGCAACGAGGUUAAAGGCAUCCAAAUACAUCCAGACGGUAAAGUAAUGAACAUCCCACCAGGUAUGUUAACAGAUCCCUUUGGUAUGGUAGGACUUCUAACGUUCAUCAGAGCAGCCGAAACGGAUCCUAAUCUUGUCCAGUUAGCCCUCGGUAGCGACCUCACGACGUUGGGUCUCAAUCUCAAUUCACCGGAAAACCUGUACAGUACGUUCCAGUCGCCGAGUUCCGAUGCGCCGAGCAGACCUCAAGAUAUCGACUACCACGUACCACAGGAGUAUCUCACAAACCUACACAUACGAGAUAAGCUUGCGCCAAUCAAGUUAUCAAGAUACGGAGAAGAUCUUCUGUUUCAUCUGUACUACACGCAUGGUGGGGAUGUCUUACAGCUAGCAGCCGCUGCAGAACUGUACAACCGAGACUGGAGAUACCAUAAAGAUGAGAGAGUUUGGAUCACCCGAGGACCAGGCAUGGAGCCCCAGGUCAAAACGAGUACGUACGAGAGAGGAGUCUAUUACUACUUUGAUUACAACCGCUGGUGUAAGAUGGCCAAGGACUUCCACCUCGACUACGACAAGCUUGAAGAGCGCCCCCAUCUGCCGGCAUCCUUUCACCACAACACCUCGACGAAUCCCGCAUUCCAGAAAUAGUUCUCACGGUUUUUCCUUUUUUGUAGCUUUUCUUUUCUCCCCUUCCUCUCUCACUUUCUAUCUCUCUUUCUCUCUCCCUCCCGCUUUCCCACUUCCGUGCAUUCUCCAUUCUUCCCAUACCUCUGUAAGCUUUUUUUUUUCUUUUUUUUUGUUGU